ACUGCAGACAAUAAUCGUGAAAAUAUUCUUCGGUUUUAAUGCACUUUUUGCCCAUAUAGAAGAGACCGAUCUAUAGAGCACUGGCAGCUAGAGAGGACAUAUACCCGUGUGCGUACACCUGCAGACUCGUGCCAUGUGGUGCUAUUUAAGCAUCGUGUAACCCAGUGGUACGGACGUAUCCCCCCUUAUUACAGCGAAGGGUUGGCGAUGGUUGUCACAUCAACUCACCUUUUGGCGUCCAAAACUUCACACCACCGGAAAUGUGCACCAAAUAAAAUGACCCGGACGGAAACAAAAAUAAAAUAAAGGAAGUGAAUGUGGGGUUUCACUAUCUCACAAUGAUUACCACUUAUCCAUUGGAAUUGUUUCCUGGGUAUAAGGUGAACUUACUUCUGUUUAAAAAUGUUAAAAAUGCUUCAGCCCUUCGAAAGAAAGCAAUGGAUGGGUCUAUCGAGGCUGUGUUACUUAACCCUGCAAUGAUUUUAGAUCCAUUUCAGGUUCUUGUGGCAACAAACAAAGCGAUUCAUCUACAGAUGCUUGGCAAGAUGAAGACCAGGACCCUCAACUCAGAGAUUAUCUUCAACCUGUCCCCCACAAACAAUAUUUCGGAAGCUUUUAAAAAGUUUGGCCUCUCUGACAGUGAUCCUGGAGUGCUUGCUGUUUUGACUGAAGAUGGAACUAAAACGUUUAAUUCACAAGACAUAAUCUCUCACGUGCAGGGCCAGCAGGUUCCGCUAGCAGAUCUGGCACAGCUUACAGACCUUGAAAAAGUGAAAAAGAUAUAUAAACUAACUGCUCAGGAAGAAAAGACUGGUACAUUAUUGGAAGCCAUUAUCUGCAGAAUGUCAAUAAAAGAUGUCUUGUAAAUUCAAA